GACUUCUCAUCGGUCCGCGGCCAAUCCAGAGACUCCGUCUGAGGAACGCUCCAAACCGAGGGGCGCUCUGUGCGGCCGGGGGUCUAAUAAAACACACAAAUGGAGGUGCCUGUGAAGGUUUGGGCUCUGUUGGUCCUGUUGAGUGUGUGUUUAAAGACUGUUCUUUGCUUCAGCAAUGGGAAAGUAGAACAAGCUUGUGAUGACAUGACACCAGAGCACGGUCAUCAAUCCAGUCCUCACCCUCCACCAUACAGUAUCACUGUGGAUAAGUCCAAAUUCAGCCCCCUGGAGCAAAUUAAAGUAACAUUAUCAGCAGUGCCUUCAGAGAACAAAGCACACUUCAAAGGCUUCCUCAUAGAAGCACGAAAUGCAAGCAAUCCCAAUGCUGGACCUGUUGGAUGUUUUACUCUCCUUGAUCCUGAAAUCUCACAACUUCUCCGUUGUAAUGACAGAGAGGGAGCUGCAGUGAGUCACACUAGUGAAGUCUCUAAGACAGAAGUGCAGGUUAUCUGGACUGCACCCCAGGACCCUCCAUCUAGUGUCCAGUUUCAGGUGACUGUGGUUCAGAAAUACAAGCUUUACUGGGUCCGAAUUCAAGGGCCUGUAGUGUCUCUGAAUGAUGCACCUCCUCUUCCACCAUUACCUACUGCUGGACAGUCAGUAGCUAAGACAACCACGGCUGCAAGUAUUCUGUCUGACGCUUUCACCUCUGAUGACUGUGGAAUUAAGAAGUCUUGCCUGAGGGAGCCAGCAGGCUGUGACCCAUGGAAAGAUGCCCUCUGUUACUUCCUCUCAUUCAGAACAGAGGACGCGAGCGUGGUCUUUGAGCUCAGCGGGCCAGCGCCGGGAUACAUCUCUUUUGCUUUAUCCACAGAUAAAUGGAUGGGGGAAGAUGAUGUGUACCUGUGCAUUAAAGAAGAUGACCGUGUUGACAUCAGCGCUGCUUACGUUCAGGGGAGGACACAUCCAGUUAUUGCUUCAGAGAAUGUUUUGAGAGACACAGCGUGGAGGCUGGCAGAUGGGGUCAUCCAGUGCAGAUUCCGCAGAAAUAUACGCAUCCCAGCCACAUAUCAAAACAGAUCAGACCUGGGUGAAGCGCACUACUUGUUCAUGGCUCAUGGUCGAGCAGAGGGCGGGAGGACUCAUAGACAUGACCGACAACCUCUCAUUUCAACAAAUCCAGUACUUAUUACUGGACUUCCGGAGGAUCUGACUGGUUCUCGCUCUCACUUGCUCAUCAAAUUCCAUGCUGUUUUUAUGCUCAUUGCUUGGAUGACAACCGUCAGCACUGGAGUGAUUAUUGCCAGAUAUUUCAAACCUGACUGGGCUGAAACAACUUUGUGUGGACAGAGAGUCUGGUUCCAGUUUCAUCGAGCUCUAAUGCUUGUCACAGUCCUUCUGACAUGCAUUGGCUUCAUUUUGCCUUUCGUGUACAGGGGAGGCUGGAGCAAGCGUGCAGGCUCACACCCUUACCUGGGCUGCACUGUCAUGGCUCUGGCUCUUAUCCAGCCUAUCAUGGCUCUGUUUAGACCUGCUCCGGACACGUCCAGAAGAUACGUUUUCAACUGGCUCCAUUUGGGAACAGGCAUGAUAGCUCAGGUUAUCGCAGUUGUGGCCAUCUGCUUGGGGAUCCAUCAGCAGGCCCUGCUGCUCCCUGCCCCCUGGUCCACAGGGGUCCUGGCUGGCUAUGUGGUCUGGUUUGUGUUGGCAGACUUGGUUCUGGAGGUGCACAGGAGGGGCCUUUUCUCCAUCGGUCAGUUUGUCAAAAGUUUUGAAAUCCACACAGAAAAUAUACAAACUGAAGACAGAGAGGAGAUUCUUUUUGUUCCGUCCGAGAAUGAGAGCUACAUUAAGGGGCAUUGUUUUAAAAAGAUUGUUUUGGCAGUUUAUCUGUGUGGAAACCUUGGAUUUCUAAUUAUUCUUCUGGCCACAAUCGGUGCGGUAUGACUUACAUAGAUGAUGAACCAUGUGCCUGAUUGGUAUGUGCUGUUUCAUUAGAAGCAACUGUCCAAGCAGAAGCUGACAAGACCUUAUUUAAGGUUUGCACUUACCCUUCAUGGGCAAGUUGUUUAGCAAAAUAAAUAAUUCAAGCAGAAUGUUCCAAGCAGGGCACUUUUCCAAAAGUUUGACACAUGCAAAAACUGCUAGAGCACAGAUUGCCACAUUCUGAAGUUCUGUUUUAAAAUAUUUAAAUUAGGAUUUAGAAUCAGAAUUGUGAAUGUUUUUGCUUGAUUAAUUACUUUAUCACCAAAGUACCUUUUCAACUGACAGAAUUAUGCAACAGUAUGCACAGUUUUAAGAACUGGUUAUGGUGCUCUUAUGCAUUAUAAUAUGCAUAGAUUAUACUCUCCUGUAGCACACAAAGAAAAGCUCAGCAAUUUUCCUGCUAAUCGUGAUUUUUUUACACCUCUUUCUAUGUUUCUAUGGUGUCUAUCUACAAAAUCAUCUUUUUGAUGUGUAAUAUAUGUAUUUUUUUGUAAUUUUGUGGAAGGGCAGAACUUUGGAGUGGUAAUAUUUAAUUAAUGAAAAAAGUUGCAUUUUAAGAUAAAGAGAGAUCAGCUGUUGUAAGUAAUGUCUUAAUGUAAGUUAUUAAAAUCGUUACACAAA